AUGGCCGGUUUAACAGCAGUUACCAGCUUUGGUCGGGAGCCCAAGUGCGCCCUCUUCACCCACCGGGUUGCCGGUUUAGACGCCGACGACUCGUCCAUGCCACAGGUUGUGCCACCUUACAUGAUUAGUGGUAGCAGAAUUUCUUAUAACCUGACCUGCGUGAUAUUUACAGUAAACAAUGGAAGUACCUGGCAGCUCCCGCCUACGUCCGAGUUGCGUAAGGGACGGCUGGCGAGUUUGAUCCCGGAUUCCAGGAAGUCCACUUCCAGAGCCUGCAGGAUUUUCUUCCCCGGCGAGGCCCCGGCGCAGCGUCCCCAAAGAGCGAGAAGUCAGUGUCAACCAGCUCUCGGUCCCGAUAUGCAUCGGAAAUCUACAACACUCCCCAUGUGGGCGGCGGCGAUUCUGAGCUUGGCGGGCGUGAUGGGUGUGAUGGGCGUCCCCAACAGGGUUUCUAGACAAGUCAUCGACACGUCUAACAUUCCCGACGAUCAGUUUCUGUGCCUUCUCGAGGGAACUUGCAACGUGGACCCGGAGCCUCCUUCGCCGAGAUGUACCUGCGUCAAGUGGUGGAAUUGCAAAGACGUUCCUCGCGGCAACGAGGGCGGAAUUGUAGCGGUGGUAGACGUCAGAUUGGACGCCGCGUGCUCCGACGACGCCAACGACGUCUGUUGCGACAACGUGGUGCAAACGCCGAUCCCGACGGAGGUGCCGACGGUGCAGCCGACGCAGAACACCGGCUGCGGGAGGAGGAACGAGCAGGGCGUCGUCGUGAACUUCAAAGGAUUUACGGACCGCCAGGCCCAGUUCGGGGAAUUCCCCUGGAUGGCCGCGGUGAUGCGGCAGGGGAGAACCAGCGUCCCAGAGUAUGUGUGCGGAGGGUCGCUGGUUCACCCGCGUGUCAUCCUCACCGUUGCUCAUCACGUGCGCAGCGAGGUCGCAGGGAACCUCAUAGUCCGGCUGGGCGAGUGGGACUUCAAGAAUCCCUCAGAGCCGAUCCCCCACCAGGACAUCCGUGUGAGCCGCAUCAUCCUUCACCCGCAGUACGUCCCCGGGGAUCAGUACAACGACGUCGCACUCCUCCUGCUGACUGAUGAAGCCGUGCUUGGGUCCACCGUUGGCACCAUCUGCCUCCCGCCGCCGUCCCAGUCCUUCGACGGCGCUCGGUGCUUCAGCUCAGGAUGGGGCAAGGACAUCUUCGGCAACCAGGGGCGGUACCAGCAGAUCCUGAAGUCUAUCGAUCUGCCAAUGGUGAGGAACGAUCAGUGCGAGCGAGCGCUGAAGACGAGUCCUCGCCUGAGUCCCAACUUCUUCCUGCACCCGUCCUUCGUGUGCGCCGGAGGAGAGCCCAAUAAGGACGUCUGCACCGGCGACGGAGGAUCCCCGUUGGUUUGCCCAAUGCCGGGAGAUCCCACGCGUUAUGUCCAGGCUGGCGUCGUUGCGUGGGGCCUCGGGUGCGGGCAAGCCGGCAUGCCAGGAGUAUACGCGUCCGUGAGCCAAGCUUCUGAAUGGAUUAGGAGAACCAUUCAGCAAAACACGGGAUUCGACUUGAGGCUGGGGAAAUGAGGAACUCUCCUACCCUGUUUUUACGUGUUCCUUAUUCCGUAUUUAUUGCUUUUUUAUAUUCCAGCCUUCUCUUGCGUAAUAAUGAAGCGCUUCUCAUUAUUACUUUUUUCUUAGUGUUAUGUAUCUACGUUGUUGUUUUUUUCUGUAUUCAUAAUUUUUUGCUGUUUCUACUUUCUUUGGGGAAGUAAGAAACUGUCUGCUCGUACCCCUUACUCCUUAUUCAUUUUUUUUUCAUAUUUCUGUUUAGUUUUGUUGUUUUUUUUUUUAAUGAAGUAAGGACUUUAAUCCUUUUUGCUUGCUUACACCUUCAUUUUGGGGCUAAAAGAACUUUCUCUUGUUACUUUUAACUUCUUGAUGAAUUUGUUUUAUAUAUAUAUAUUUUUUUUACUUCUUUCGAUUCCCUUUUCUGCAAUUUCGUAGGCUGACUUUCUUCCUUUAAUAUAUAUAUGUCAAUAAAUAAGCUCUCUGAAUAGAUAAUUUCUAAUCAGUAGAUACAAGAAAUCCACCUGUUAAUCGCGUGUUUCUUAAGCGUUAAUCGAUGAUCUCUGAGUUGAAAAAUGCUGGGAAUUUAUCAACCUCUUUAGAGUGAAUGCAACUUGUAUGUACUUGACACGGAUAUCAGAAAGGUAUAUCUGUUAUGAAAAAAAUUAAUAUUCAAUGACAAACCCAUUCAUAUAUGCUGGUAAAACAACAUACUGUGCGUUUAUGUGUCAGUUUUAUUUACUAUAUACAUUUUGUUAUUCAUAGUAAUGUUUGUAACAAAUGUUUCUGUGUCUCUUUUCGUAUUGUCUUUCUACAAACAAACACAAACAUAUUGAUAUAUACACACACACAUGUACACACACAUACACACACACACACACACACACACACACACAUACACACACACACACAUACACACACACACACACACACACACACACACACACACACACACACACACACACACACACACACACACACACACACACACGCACGUAUAUAUAUAUAUGUUUUCUGUCAUGAUGUAUGUUCCUGGGAUUGUUAAGAAUUAAAAAAAAAAAAAAGAUGAUAAUGAUAAUAAUAAAGAUAUAUUAUAACUCCAUCUACA